GCCCACCACCCUCGGAACACACACUCACCCAUACCCAUUCCACAGCCCAGAAGCAACAAUUCGCCAUGGAGCUCCCAGAAUUCAAGCAGAACUUCCUCAAGGACUGUGUGUCGGCGGGCGCGCUAAAGUUUGGCACCUUCACCCUCAAAUCCAAGCGCAUAUCGCCCUACUUCUUCAAUGCGGGGCUAUUCCACAGAGCCGACUUGCUGCGCUCAAUAUCCUCAGCUUACGCCCACACACUCAAGGCGCACGGCGAGGCUGAUGCCUCUUUCCAAUGGGACAUCCUCUUCGGACCUGCAUACAAGGGCAUUCCCCUCGCAGCGGCAUCAGUUGAUAAACUCGCCGAUCUAGAUCUCGCCAAGUACGGACAGAAGAGCUAUAGCUUCAACCGUAAAGAAGCAAAGGAUCACGGCGAGGGCGGCAACAUUGUUGGUGCCAGCCUCAAGGGAAAGAAGAUUGUUAUCGUCGACGACGUCAUCACCGCUGGUACUGCGAUCCGAGAGGCUAUCGACAUUAUCAAGAGAGAGGGCGGAGAAUUGGUUGGAAUCAUUGUUGCUUUUGAUAGGCAAGAAAAGACACCUACUGCCACGGACGAUGACGGCAAGCCUGGGCCAAGUGCAAUUGGCGAGGUAAGGAAGCAGUACGGCAUCCCGGUGCUUGCUAUCCUAACACUGGAUGAUGUGGUCGAGUAUUUGAGGAGUUUGGGCGGAGAGGAGGACCUGAAAAGGCUAGAUGAGUACAGAGCCAAAUACAGGGCUAGCGACUAAGACGAGGGUGGGUUUCUUGGAGAUAAAUUAUGAUACCACGACUACUCAGAUCAUGCGGACAUGGCAGAGCAAGCACAAGAAGAUUUAUUGGCUUGAAUAUCACCUGCUUUGCAUACAAUGCCAUGUCCACAAAAGGUUUUUUUCAAGGUGUUUGACUGCUUGUUCUCUCCCCUUCAGUUUCUACUCCCCUGCUCACUUUGAAAAAUAUCUUGCUCUUCAUCACACAGCCAGAGGAUUGCACAAUACAUAACAUGAUGC